GAGCCGCAUUGCCAACCAUCUCGAAUGUUUUCGUGCGAACAGAUGCUGCGUCGCAGUUGUUGUUGUUGUUGUGGCCGUGACGUAACAGCCGGCCAUAACAACAUGAAAUCGAAUUUAUUUAUGGCUCGGAAGUCAAUUGAUUUCAAUUGCGGCUGCCGCUUUGGGUAAAUGUAUAUAUUUAUUAGUCCCAAAAGUGUGUUCUGUGCUGGCGACAAAUCGAUAACAGCGCCAUUGGCAGUAGCAAAUCGUUUGUGUACGCGGGUGAACACGUGUAGGGUGCUUGGAAAACCGUUAGCCCGAUCCACCUGUGGGAGAGUAAUUCCGCACACUAGCGUUAGUGUUCCAUGAGUGACAUUCAAAAGGUAAUUGCGAGCGUCGCCGGCCGGUUGUGUCUGCAAUAGCCGCAUUAUAAAUUCACAAUUAUCUAACAAUCGUUGGAACAACGAUUUCUGUGUAAAUAUAACGACGCGCUCGCUCCGAAGUGAUAAUUUCGAAUCCGCGGAGUCUAGAGAUUAGAUUGAGCACCCGACGACCAUGGCCUGAUACACCAGAUUGUCCGUGAAUCCAGGCUGGCCCGCCAGCGAUAUAUUCAGCUUACUCUUGUCCAAAUGUGGAUGCAGAACACCAGCUACCGGCCACAGAUUUUGGCGCUCUUCCUUACGCCACUCUACAUUACGUUAGGGAUCGCUUGACCGUUACACAAUCCAAAAGAUGAAGGAGUGGCUGAAGAUCUCGUGUCUGCUAUGCGUCUUCGGAUUCGUUCGCGAGAUCCGGCCGUCGGAGCCGUACGUCACGGAGUACCUGCUGGGUCCCUGGCGUAACAUCACAAGUGACCAGCUCACGCAAGAUGUCUACCCGGUGGGCACCUAUUCGCACAUGGUGCAGUUGGUCUUUGUGUUCCUGAUAACCGAUUUCCUAAGGUACAAACCCCUGAUCAUUACUAUUGGCGCCACAGGCGUGAUAAUCUGGAGCAUGCUCAUCUGGACCACUAGUCUGCUGUCGCUACAGAUUGUAGAGUUCUUCUAUGGCACCUACAUGGCAGCCGAGGUGGCAUACUACACCUAUAUAUAUGCCAAAGUGGACAAAAAGUACUAUCCCAGGGUCACGUCGCACACCCGCGCAGCCAUGUUUGCCGGCAAACUGGUUUCCGGGAUCACAUCCCAGCUGAUGCUUUAUCUGGACUUGAUGAACUACAAGCAGCUAAACUACAUUACGCUGGGCACUCAAAUAAUUGCCAUGCUGUGGGCUUUCGGCCUGCCUAAAGUGCACAAAAGCCUGUACUUCCAUCGGGAGCAGAUUGCCACUGACAUUGAUCAGCAAACGCAGCUGCCCGGAGAAGACAAUCUGGAUGUGGCGGUCCCCCAUCCGAAAGCUCCUCCCAAGAAGCCCCGCGCUCUGGUUCUGAUAUGGGAUCACACCCGUACUGCCUACACCAAUCCCCGCGUCGUACAGUGGAGUCUGUGGUAUGCAAUUGGGUUGGCUGGCUACCUCCAGGUCACCUACUACAUGCAAGUUCUGUGGAAAGUCAUUGAGCCGGAGCCUUUGAUUGCCUGGAAUGGAGCUGUCGAUGCCGUAUUAACUGCUCUGGCGGCUCUCAGUGCCUUGGCCGCCGGAUAUCUGCACACCGGGCGCCUGAAACCGCGCACUUCCCUACUGAUCAUGGUUUUCUUGUCCGCCUUGGAGGGCGGCUGUGUGCUUAUCUGCUGCUGGACGAAGGACAUUUACUGGUCGUAUGCGGGAUUCAUUGCAUUCGGCGGUCUUUACGGCUUCACCAUCACCUUGGCUAGUGCUGAGGUGGCCAGACAUUUGGAGGAUGAUAUUUUCGGCCUUGUUUUUGGCUUCAAUACUUUGGUUGCCCUGAUCUUUCAGUCCGGCUUGACCAUGAUCUUCGUCUCGGGCUUUAAACUCGAUCCCGUGGGUCAGUUCACGGCGUACGCCUUCUAUUUCAUUGGCGUGGGCGUGCUCUAUCUUAUAUCUGUGCUGGUGGAGUGGCUCUGGUGCCCGGCCCCCGAGAGCGAAACGCUGGAAAACUCUUUGGAGUAAUUUUUGGAUGCAUUUAGACAGUACUUAAAGUUGCCGGUCUGUGACUUAAGAAAACACAUGUUCCUGCAUUGGAAUACUCCAUGAUAGUAUUCAUGCGAUGGUUGAUUGUAUUCUCAGAAGUGUUAUCUCACCUAAUUAUCUGCAAAUCUGAUGCCGACUUCUAAGUAAACUGUGCAGAUUUCCAUUUAUAAAGCGCACAAUCAGUCUCAAGUGCUCGGAAUAAAGAUACCAAUUAUUUGUAGUA